AUGACGUGUCACACCUGGAAGUCUGACCUUUGUUUUGCUUCCGCAGGAAAGUGGGAAACUCCAUUUGAACCUGAAAGCACCAGGGCAGAUGAGUUCCUGGUGGACGAGAACACCAAGGUUCCGGUGCAGAUGAUGUACAUGGAGGAAAGCGUCCACACCUAUUACGACAUGUCCAUCAACACGUCCGUCCUCUACCUCCCUUUCAACGGCUCCUCCUACGGCAUGAUGCUGCUGUUACCGGACGACAUGGAGACGCUGGAGAAUUCCAUUUGCCCAGCUCACGUCACUAAAUGGCUGAAGUGGAUGAAAAAAAAGCAGUAUGACAUCCACGUUCCAAAGUUCUCCAUCAAGACGUCGUACGACCUGAAGGACAUUUUGACCGACAUGGGAAUGUCGGACAUGUUUGGUGACCGUGCAAAUCUGGCGGGAAUCUCUGACCUCAAACUGGCCGUGUCACAGGUUGUGCACAAAGCGACUCUGGACGUGGACGAGGCUGGAGCCACAGCUACAGCUGCUACAGGCAUCGGCAUCACGCUGCUGUCCUUCCGGAUUGUCCCCGUGUUGAAAUUCAAUCGUCCCUUCAUGGUGGUCGUCAUCGACCGCGUCUCACAGGACACUCUCUUCCUUGGCAAGAUUGUCAACCCGAACGUGUGACGUGGCGGCGACGUCACAAAUAAGAGAAUAAAGCACUGAAAACCCUGA